AUAAAAAGCGAUCCAAGUUGCGGAACAGAGGGAAAUAUUAUGUUAUAGUUGGCAUACGUAGCUAUUGUAACGCUCUAGGUUUGACGUUGAUUUAACUGUUUACUUGUAAACCAUAUUGUAUUUGUAGUAGAAAAGCUAGAGACUAUCUGGAAAAGAGGGAAAAGAAAAAAAAAUGGUCAUAAGCGGGGGCGUCAUAGCAGGGAUAGUAGUUGCCGUACUGGUGGUGAUUGGUCUCAUGGUGGCAUCUUUUCUCUGCGGUCGUUACCAGCUUUGGCGCAAACUGCCAUGUCUUCGUAAGAGACGCGAUGUUGAUGGUGAACAUAAUGACGGCUUCGAUCCAGAAAGUGGGACGAAAAUGGAAGUAACUCCACCAAUGGCUUAUGAAGAGGACCGCAAUCCCACUCAGUCGAUGUACUUGGAUUUGCAGGGCACUUUGCCGCCGCCAUCGCCCCUACCACGGUCCAGCAAGAACCUCCAACCGCAGCCAAAGACGGAGGAUCAAGAUGAUGGAGAUAUAUACGAAAACGCGUCAGAUUCACUCCCCAGGAGCAAAGAGGGGGCGGAUAUCCUGCCAGACACCAGUGGCGACCCUCGGAAAAGUGGUGCAACAGAAUCUGGCGGGACCACCUCCCAAAGCGGAAACCCUGGCGACGAAAAUCAUGAAACUCAAGAAGAGGAUGGUGACAUUUAUUCCGACGACCCAAGCAACAGGCCUCUCAGCGUCAGUGAUGCUGAAGGUGAUGUUGCACAAGAAGGCGCUGAUGAUAUUUACGACAUCCCUAAAAGCACAGCAAUGGAGACACCAGGAACUAAAGAGUCUAAAGAAACAGUACAUGAUGACGCAAUCAACGUUGACGGCCAUGUGAUCUCCGGUAAAGGGAACGAAGCGCAGUCGAAUGGGAAGGACGAAAGCCGACAGCCGACAACCGUGGUCGACCCCGAGGAUGUCCUCGACAUUGCUUGCGCUGAAAAGGAAGAACCCUACCCUGGAAACCUCGAACAGGAGGGAGAAGACGAGCAAAAUACGGGCAGCGACACCUAUGCUCCAGCGGUUAUUGCUCAUCCAGCGCCGCCUAUUGGUGAACGGGACAGUAAAAUUAGUGGCUCGUCUGCCCAUAAAAAUGGGGAAAACUCCGUGGUGAGGGAAAUUCAAGGAGAAUCAGAUGACUUUUAUGAAGACAUGACGUUGUCAACGAAAAUAUGAAAGAAAAACAAUUUGCAAUUAUGAUUGUUUGCUCUAAGAAUCGCUGGGUGGAGAUUGUAAAAUACUAAUAUAUUGCCACGAAUAUCAUUUUAUAUAUUUUAGUACGAUGCAGUGUAUGUGUUUGUUUUCUGCUCGAUUGAUGAACAAUCUUGUUUGCAUGUAAUAUCUUAUUAUUUAGUUAAAUAUUGUCUAAUCUUUCAUGACUCAAGAUUCAAACGAAACUCCACCAAGGUUUUUGUUGGAGGAGCUUUCGUGGAUCAAGCAACUGAUUGAAGCUGGUAUUAUAAUUUUU